UUUGAUCGUAUGGGAGACCUCCGUGACCUACAAGAAGCUAUUAAGCACGUAGAAGAGGCUCUUGCUGCGACCCGCCAAGGUCACCCCCAUCGAGCGAUCAUCCACUCUAGCCUGGGCGGCAUGCACAUUAAGAUGUUUGGGUGUACAGAUGAUCUUGGGGACGUCCAAAAAGCCAUCACUCACAGCCAAGAUGCACUAGCUGCUACUCCUCAGGAUCACCCGAAUAGGAUGGGCAUACACGAUAAGCUGGGAAAAGGGUUCUCCGCAAGGUUUGAGCGGCUAGGAGAACUUGGUGAUCUAACAAAAUCGGUUAAGCACAGCGAGGAGGCGUUAGCUAGCACCCCCCAGGACCAUCCCAAGCGAGGGGCCGUACACAAUAACUUGGCACUUAGGUUGGCUUCGAGGUUCGAGCGGAUGGGAGAUACUGGUGACCUCCAAAAAGCUGUUGAGCACGGCGAAGAGGCAUUAGCUGCGACCCCUCAUGAUGACCCCGACCGUGCACGUAGACACAGCACCUUAGGGGUCAUGCUCUUUACGAGAUUUAGGCGGAUAGGAGAUAUUGGUGACCUCUCUAGAGCUAUCGAAAAUAGCGAGGAGGCUCUAGCUGUCUCCGCUCAAGAUCAUCCCCACCGGGCAGAAGUUCAUAAUAGCCUAACGAGGGCGUUCAAAGAGAGGUUUGAGCGGACAGGAGACCUUGAUGACCUCCAGAAUUCCAUUAAGCACGGCGAAGAGGCACUUGCUGCUACUCCCCAAUAUCACCACACCCGAGUGGACAUCCAUGGUAACCUGGCGAUGGGUUUGUCUCAGAGGUUUGAGCGGGUAGGAGAUCUUGACGACCUUCAAAAAGCCAUUAAACAUAGCCAAGAAUCGCUAGAUGCAACACCUCAAGAUCACCCCCACCGAGCGGCUAGGCACACCAACCUGGCGGCUGAAUUCGCUAGUAGAUUUGGGAGAAUUGGAGAGCUAAAGGACCUCGAAAUCGCCAUUAUGCACGGAGAAAAGGCUCUCGAAGCUAGCCCUAGAGAUCACGCUGAUCGAGCGACAAUGUGCAACAACCUGGGAAUCUGGUUGUCCGGGAGGUUCAAAUGCAUAGGGAAUGUUGAUGACAUUCAAAAAGCCAUUAAACUCGGCGAAGAGGCGCUAGCUGCUACUCCUGAAAAUCACCCCCUUCGAGUGACCGCGCACAGCAGCCUGGGGGGAAACUUCUCGGCUAGGUUUGAGCAGAUGGGAGACCUCGGUGACCUCGAGAAAGCUAUAAUCCAUAAAGAAAAGGCAUUAGAGGCUUGCCCUAAGGAUCACCCAGAUCGAGCGG